GGAAGGGUUGGCGAAGGCGGAGGGAAUGCAGAGCUGGGAGAGGUUCGUUAGCGGUUAAGUGCUCAAAACGAGUUUCCCGCGAACAAGAAACUUGUAGCCUUGUCCCCAAAACGACUGGGUAUCAGAGGAACGUCGGCCUUCCUUUCUAUUCUCUCUCUCUCUCUAACUGGGAAAACGCCCUUUCCUCAUAUCUCCCUCUCCUCCUCCUUGUCCUGCUCCGAUCCCAAUCUGUUUGGUUUAAUUGUUUCGGAUUGGGGGAGUUUAAUCAGAUAAUAUUUAUUGGGAGCAUUUGCUUGAGAUGGAUUAUUAAAUCUAUUUUUCGGAUUUGUCGUGUCUGCGACCUGCAAAAUGUUGUGCUGUGGAGGUGCGGAAGAGGAGAACUAUGGUCCACCUGCUAAUCAGUAUACUGCCCCACCCAAGGGGAUGAAUUCAAAUGGAAGUGAGAGAGGGCAGCCAAGAACUUCCAAUGUAGCCAGGAGUGGAGGCCCUCCGAAGGUCUUACCUAUUGAAAUACCGGCCUUAUCCUUCGAUGAGCUAAAUAGAUUGACCAAUAAUUUUGGUCCCAAGUCUUUGAUUGGAGAAGGUUCCUAUGGACGGGUCUUCCGUGCAACCUUAAAGAGUGGCCAAGCUGCUGCCAUCAAGAAGCUAGAUGCCAGCUCAGCAGAGCCAGAUAAUGAUUUUGCUGCUCAGUUAUCAACGGUUUCAAGACUUAAGCAUGAGCAUUUUGUCGAGUUGUUGGGAUACUGUUUGGAUGCAAACAAUCGAAUUUUGGCAUAUGAGUUCGCAACAAUGGGCUCCUUACACGACAUUUUACAUGGGAGAAAAGGUGUUCAGGGGGCUGAACCUGGUCCAAUUCUUAGCUGGAGCCAGAGGGUGAAAAUUGCUUUUGGUGCAGCAAAAGGUCUUGAAUAUCUUCAUGAAAAGGUUCAACCACCUAUAGUCCAUCGCGAUGUCAGAUCAAGCAAUGUUCUUCUUUUUGAUGAUUUCAUGGCGAAGAUUGCUGAUUUCAAUUUAACCAAUCAGUCUCCGGAUACAGCAGCUCGUCUACAUUCCACUAGAGUUCUGGGAACUUUUGGUUAUCAUGCUCCAGAGUAUGCUAUGACAGGGCAAUUGACUCAGAAAAGUGAUGUCUACAGUUUUGGGGUUGUUCUUUUGGAGCUUUUGACAGGGAGGAAGCCAGUAGACCACACUAUGCCUAAAGGGCAACAAAGUCUUGUUACUUGGGCAACUCCAAGAUUGAGUGAGGACAAGGUCAAGCAAUGUGUGGAUCCCAAGCUAAACAAUGAAUACCCACCGAAGGCUGUCGCUAAGUUGGGAGCAGUAGCAGCACUUUGCGUUCAAUAUGAAGCAGACUUCCGGCCAAAUAUGACAAUCGUUGUCAAGGCUCUUCAACCUUUACUUAGCUCAAAACCAGCAGGAUCAGAGUCUCAUGUGUAACUAUAAUGUUUUUUUUUUUUUUUUUUUUUU